AUGGCAUCUUCUUCAUCUGCUCAGUCGUGGAAUCAUGAUGUUUUUCUUAGUUUUAGAGGAACAGACACUCGCAAGACCUUUGUGGAUCAUCUCUAUUCAGCUCUUGUACAACAAGGAAUAUACACUUACAAAGAUGACGAAACACUUGCUCGAGGUGAAGCCAUCGGUCCAUCGCUAUUGAAGGCCAUUGAAGAAUCGCGGAUUGCUGUCAUUGUAUUCUCUGAAAACUAUGCUGAUUCUUCUUGGUGCUUAGAUGAACUUGUGUAUAUUAUGAAAUGCAAGGACGAGAGAGGCCAAAUUGUUAUGCCCAUAUUUUAUCACUUGGAUCCCUCUGAAGUCCGAAAACAAAAGGUGAAAUAUGGAGAAGCUCUUGCAAAACAUGAGUUGGAGAAUAAAAAUGUCGUAUCUUGGAGAAAAGCACUUACUGAUGUAGGCAACCUUUCUGGUUGGGAAACCAAGCACGUCGCCAAUGGGCAUGAGGCAAAAUGCAUCAAAGAAAUUGUUGACACAAUCUCAGAUAGACUGUGUGUGGCAAUUUCUAGUGACAAUGAAGACCUGAUUGGAAUAGAGGCUCGCCUGCAAGAUUUGAAAUCAAAGUUAGACAUGGAAUCAGAUGGUGUAGUGAUGGUUGGAAUAUGGGGGCUUGGGGGUGGUGGUAAGACUACUCUUGCAUCCGCUCUUUAUGAUGAAAUCUCUGGCAAGUUUGAUGGUUCCUGCUUUGUAAAAGAUGUUAGGGAAGAAACAAGAAAGCAUGGUUUGCCAAAAUUGCAAAAAGAAAUUCUCUCACUUGUUUUGAAACUAGAAAUAGAGAAAGCAGUUGGAGAUGUAGGAAGCUUAGUCAAGAGUAGGUUUCGCCGUAAAAAGGUGUUGAUUGUUCUUGAUGAUGUUGAUCACCUUGACCAGCUAAAGGCAUUAGCUGGAUCACAUGAUAGGUUUGGCGAAGGCAGCCGAAUAAUAAUCACAACUAGAGAUAGUCAUUUAUUAAAUGCUCACAAAGUAAAUGUGAUAUACAAUAUUAGUUUGUUAAAUGACGACGAGGCUUAUAAUCUCUUUUGCAAGCAUGCACUUGGGCAUGGUAGACGCAUAGAAGAUUAUGAGAUGCUGUCAAAAGAUGUGGUUUCUUAUGCUGGUGGGCUCCCGUUAGCACUUAAAGUUCUGGGUUCAUUUCUCUGUGACAAAGACAUAAGUGAAUGGAUGAGUGCCUUGGCCAGACUAAAAGAUGUCCCAGAUACUGAUAUUGUGGAAAAGCUAAAGAUUAGUUACGAUGGACUUAAACCGAUGGAGAAAGAGUUGUUCCUAGAUAUUGCAUGUUUUUUUAGGGGAGAAGAUAAAGAUAAGGCAAUGCUGGUGCUUGAUGCUUGUGGUUUUCAUCCUAUCAUUGGGGUAAAGGUGUUGAUACAAAAGGCUCUGAUAACUGUGGCACCAGGAAUCAUUUCGUCAAUAGAAGUGUUUGAAAUGCACGAUCUGUUACAAGAAAUGGGACACUACAUCGUUCAAGGAGAAAACCCUAAAAAUCCUGAAGAACACAGCAGGGUUUGGCAGAGGGAGGCUGUUCUGAACAUAUGUCAUAUGGAUGCAACAAUGAGAAAUAACAGGAUUGCUGCAUUACAAAUAGGAUGGCAUCAGGACAAGCUUCCUCCUAUCCUUCCUGAGCUUGUUGCUAACAUGAAGAAACUUCGGUGGAUUUCUUGGGAUGGAUAUGCAGCAACUUCAUUGCCAAGAGCAUUUCAACCAAAGAAGCUUUGUUAUCUAAAAUUGGAAUACAGCUUGGUAGAGCAACUAUGGGAGGGUUAUAAGCAUCUACCAAACUUGAAAGUGAUCGACAUCAUUGAUUCAGAUCUAGUUAGGACACCGGAUUUUGACGGACUUCCAUGUCUUGAAAGGUUCAAACUCAGCAUGUGUCCCAGUUUAAAAGAGAUUCAUCCCUCAAUUGGAUAUCAUGAAAGGCUUGUUUUCCUGCACAUUGACGAGUGUCCAAGCCUUACAAUUUUUCCACCCAUCAUCAGGAUGAAAAAUUUGGAGGCUCUAUGGCUCUGGGAUUGCACUCAACUUCAAAAGUUCCCGGAUAUCCAAAUGAACAUGGACAAAUUGGUAAAGCUUAAUUUAAGAGGAAGUGGGAUUGAAAGUCUACCCUCAUCAAUUGGAAAAUAUUGCACCAACCUUGUUUCUCUUAAUUUGAUCGAGUGUAGAUGUCUACAGAGUAUUGAAAGCAACUUCCGUCUCUUAAAACAUUUGAAAGAGCUUCGUCUCAAGGGUUGUGAUCAACUUAACAACAUGCCAGCGGAGGGCCUCUUUGAUGUAGAAUGUCGUUUACAGCUGCUUUCUUUAUCUGACAUACCCUUCAAGAUUCUUCACCAAGGUGUGGUAAGCAUGAAGCUUCUUGGCUUUCCAAGUUCCUUAAGAAGGUUGGACCUUAGUGACUGCAAUUUGGUAGAUGGAGACAUCUUCUCUAUUUUUCAUGAGGAAUUAUCCAACUUACAAGCAUUAGACCUAAGUAGAAAUGGUUUCUCCCGGUUGCAUUCCAGCCUCUCACAACUUCCUCGUCUCAAAUUUCUCAACCUAACAUGGUGUCGAAACCUUGUAGAAUUACCGGAUCUCCCAUCAAGCAUAUCUAUUAUCGUCGCAGAAGGGUGUGACUCACUUGACAUUGUAGGAGAUUUUCCAACAAACCUUAAAUGGUUGUGGAAAGUCUCACUUUCAGUAAGCAAUAUGUUGGGUGACAAUGGUAACAGAAUUCUACAAUCCAUGCUUCAGGGAAAUGCCGUUGAAGAUUACUUUAUCAGUCUCUGUUUUUACCGUAACUGUACUUACAAUAUUCCAAUAAGAGGCUUUGAAAGGGCAACGUUUAUGUUAGAGCUUCCAUGGAAUUGGUACAAUGAAUGCAGUGGAUUCUUAAUAUACGCUAAUUGGCGUUUCCUUGAGGGUAGCGUAAUUACUAUGAAGGAUGUAAUGGGUGGGGAAGAUGAAGAUGAUGUUUUGGAGGUAUCUUACGAAGAAGAUGAGAGAAGUAAGAUGGGGUAUAGCAUUUGCUAUAUACCCUUGGGUUCAUUGAGGAACACCUCAUGGUGGAAUUCAACACGUACUACCAUUUCAUUUUCCUUCCAUGGUUACGUAAAAGUCGAACUUGUUCCUAGGAGAAGUCAACGUGAUGAUUUAGUAGAAAGGGCAAAAGAUACAACGAAUUCCGUAGAAUUUUGGGAUGAGGAACAUAGAGAGAACAAGACAUUUAACAUCAUACAUGAUUCAAAGUCCUCUAUCAAGAUUCGAUGGUUUCUUGGUGCUUUUACAGACCUGUUCUACACUAUCUGAUAUACAUUUUUUACCGUUGUAGCAUAAUCGCUUUGAUUCGUGGAUACAAGAAAAAACAAAGAAAGAAAAGAUUAUA